GAGAAAUUGUCUUUUAAACACAUUUUCGCACGCGUUUUGUGUGAAAACGCCUGUUUCCGGCGGACCUGGCAACCCGCCGCACACCGGCCGCUCCGCAGUGCGCAGACUCCAACAACAUGGCGGACGAAGUGGAGCAGCAACCGACGACCAACACGGUGGAGGAGCCUCUGGAUCUGAUCCGACUCAGUCUGGACGAGCGGAUCUACGUCAAGAUGAGGAACGACCGGGAGCUCCGUGGCCGACUGCACGCCUACGAUCAGCACCUGAACAUGAUCCUGGGCGACGUGGAGGAGACGGUGACGACGGUGGAGAUCGACGAGGAGACGUACGAGGAACUGUACAAGUCGACCAAGAGGAACAUCCCCAUGCUGUUUGUCCGAGGCGACGGCGUGGUGCUCGUAGCUCCGCCCCUCAGGGUGGGCUAACCCGCGACACGCUUUCCUGGUGUGACGGAGCGUCAGUGACGGCCGGGACGUGUUCCGGCCCCCGAGGAAGAGGAGGAGGAAGAGGGCUGUGCCGUCCUGACGAGGGUUUAAGAAACACCUUCAGCCCCUCGAGCUUCAGACUGUCACCAACUCAAACCUCAGAAACACUGCAGAUUUCUAAUUUCCCUUUUUGUGAGGCUGCUAAGAAAAGAAAAAAAUGUUUUUGACUCGAGAAACUAAAGUAAGGGGACGUUUUUUGUUUUUUUAUUUUCUUUCAGGCGUUUUGUUUAAUUGGUUUUGGGUUUGAAGUGAUUUCUCGGGAUGUUUAAUUUGUCUUUGCUCAGUAGAACAUUGAAUAAAUCGCUCAGUUGUCGUUAAUAUGCCCGGGAAAAAGAUUAAUAUUGUUUUAAAGAAAAGUUUCCUCUCACUUUCCAGUGAUGUCAAGUACCAGACAAUGUUACAAAUGUCAUGAUGAUUCGACUGGCCUCAGUUAUGAGUCUUUAAAAAUAUAUUUAAAAAAUCAAAAACUGAGCUGAGGGGUUUAAUGCGAUUCCUCAUUUUGAAACGAUUUCUCGAGGGAAACUUCUGCGUCUGAACUUCCUGCGGUGACUUUAAAAUCCACGAUGUGUGAAUAAGUUCUUUUGAGUUUCUGUUUUUAAGUUUGAUCUUUUUUUAUAUCUAUUUUUCUAGUGUUGUGUUGGACGUGCGAGCGCAUCAUGCUCAGAUGUGUUGACAUCUGUUUUCAUUUGGUUCUUUGGUAAACUUGGAAUAAAAAAAUUAUCAUUUUGAAAAAAAAAAUGUGUUUUUUAAUAUUGUGUGAAAAUUAAAGCAGAUUUCAAGAGUAA